UGAAGUAUUUUGCGUUCUUACUGGUAAACUGUACAUUUACUAAGGACCUUUUAAAAAGUUAUUUGGCUUUUUGAGCUUGUUUAAUAUUUUAUAUGGAAUAAUCCGAACCAUUCCCCAAAGGAGGAACCUUUGCACACCUUACAGUGCAGCAAUCACAGGUCAAAAUGUCUUUCAGAGACUUACGCAAUUUUACAGAGCAGAUGAAGACCUUGGGCUAUCCUCGCUUAAUAUCACUGGAGAACUUUAGAACUCCAAACUUCACACUAGUUGCAGAAAUUCUGAUAUGGCUUAUAAAAAGAUAUGAGCCUCAGAUGGAUAUUCCCACCGAUGUGGACACACAGUCAGACAGAAUUUUCUUCAUCAAGGCUGUGGCUCAGUUUAUGGCAGCAAAAGCUCACAUCAAGUUGAACACAAAGCACCUGUACCAGGCUGAUGGCUACGCAGUGAAGGAGAUGCUGAAAAUCACCUCAGUGCUCUACAACGCCAUGAAGAUUGAGCAGAUGGCACCAGAAGACUUCAUCGAGGAGACUAACACAAAGUUCAAGUUUGACCUCGGCUCACGGGUUUCGAAAGUUAAAGCAGCUCGACAACUGGCCUCAGACAUCACAGCCAAAGGAGCUUCACUUUAUGAUUUACUAGGAAAGGAAGUGGACCUGCGGGAAAUGAGAACUGAGGCCAUUGCUCGACCACUGGAGAUCCAUGAGACUGAAAAUGCCUUGAGAACGGCCAUCAAGGAAGUUUUGGAAAAUGUGGAGAAGACCAAAGAGAUGCUGAACAACGUGGUGUCUGAUGAGAAGAGUCUGGAUGGCAAGAUAGAAAAGAAGAGACAGGAACUGGACAGAAAUCGGAAAAGGCUUCAGACGCUGCAAAGUGUCAGACCUACAUUUAUGGAUGAAUAUGAGAAGCUUGAGGAAGAGUUGCAGAAGCAUUAUGAUUCCUACGUGCAUAAAUUGAUGAAUCUGUCUUUCCUGGAGACUCAGCUGGAAGAAUAUCAUCAACUGGAGCAGAAACGCUUUCAGGAGGCUGAAAUGGCAAUGAACGUGAUCCAGCAGAAACUCAGGGAGGAAGAAGAAAUGGAACUGAUGAGCUCCCUGAAAGAUGACAACUCUGUCAUGGAUAUUCUUGAGGAUGAGGGCUCAUAUAGUGACAUAGACAACUUCCGGCCUUCCAAACCGCAGGCCAUUAGAAAUGGCAUCAUGGCAGGAAGAGGAGCUCGUUUCAUUGGGAACAUGCAGGGUGACAGUGAUGAAACAGAAGACAGCGAGAUUGGUGUGAAUGAGGAUGAUGAGGACGAGGAGAGCAGGGAUUUGGAGGAUUACAACCUGGGGGAUCUAGUUUCUGGGACAACUAGUACUUCCAGGGGUGUGGCAAGACCACCUCUGCUGGAUGAGAGCGACAAUGACUUCUGAGUGAACUAAGACACACACACAGUGCUGUCAAAAUGUUCAUCAGUCAUAAACAUUAACUGAUGAUCAGUCUCCUGGCCUGUCGCAUUUCAGUAGAACUUUUCCACUAAUGUGAAAUGAUCAUAAAAUGCAGCUUUAG